AUGGAUCCUCGCAGCGACCUCACUGACACUCCUGUGGAGACAACGAGGAUGGAUCCCCCUCCGGUGGGCAUACCUCUCCGCUCUACAGUGCGGGUGGUUGAGGCUGCGCAGCACCCUCGUGCCUAUCAGGAAGUGCUCCCACCUCUCAUCGCGGCGUGGGAAAAAGGAACAUGGCUCGCGAGUCCAAAUGGUGGACUCUCGUGGGUCCUCUUGGCAUGCUUUGUCUUUUACAACUGCUGUCAACUUCUUCGCCAUCUCCGUAAAGGUGUUCCCGGAAUGGAGACCUCAACGAAGGUGGCAAAGUUGUCUGAAGCCGCGGCAAAGGUAGUGGAGGCUCCUUCGGCGCCUGUGCCGGACCAAGGACCCACUCCAGACAUGGAGACGAAGACCGAUGAUGACCAAGGCGAUGGGCCAGCUGUGGAAGCUGCUCCUCCUGAGGAACCGGCUCCCACCACCUCGCCUUCGUGCCAGGAGCCGGUGAGGACGGACGCGACCCCGGGCUCCAAGGAAAGCCUGCAAGAGGUCAAGAUGUGGGUGGAAGACUCGGCACACUCUGCUGCGUCGAGAAACAAAGAGCACCUCGCAGAAGCUCUUGCGGAACUCCGACACAUCCUGGACAGCAGCAUCUACUCACAGCCACGACUUGAAGCUGCAAUGAGAGAGGCUUUCGAGCCAUUGCAAGCCACCUUGACGCCUUCGCUCAAUGGGCUCAAGAGCACCUUGGGACCUUACCCGGAGCAUGGAGUUGACAUCCGACCCCUUCGAGAGGUCAUUUUGGGCGCGGAAGACCUUGCUCUGCGGGCCCUUAAAGAGGUUGAAGACUCGACGUGGGACCAGAAUGGUCGACUCAAUGCCAUCGGCACCCAAGUCGGCACGGUUGGAACAGAUCUUAGCAAGGGACUCCAGCAUGCACACCGAAAGCUGGAUUCUAUACACACCGCCCUGGGCAACCGGCCUGGAAACAGCUCGGACGGUGGGGGCAACACAGAUGUCACCACCAUCCUGGUGGCGGUCAAGGAUCUCCAGACCGAGAUGAAAGCCCUGAACCAGAACAUGGAGCAGCUUCAAACGAAGGUGCAGUAUGUGGAAGGGCGAAUGGAGACGGCCCUGACGAAGUUAGUAGUUGUGGAACAGUCUACCAACAAGUUGGCAGCUGCUCGGCCCAAAGCUCCGCCCCCGAGUUCGCCGGCGCCGACUCUGCCUACGGAGGAAGCACCGCUUCCCCCACCAGCACAGCCGCCGGGGCAGUGGCAGCCUCCAUCGACGGGGCCCAUGGCGAACACCUCUGCGCGCCCGACCUCGAUACCGGCGCCCGCAGUGCGAUCGGCGCCACACGUGCAACUGGUGCAAGCCGGGACCCCGGGACUUCAGACCCAUGGAGGUCUCCCAAUGACCGCACCUGUGCCUCAAGUCACGCAGCCGGCACAGCAAAUGCAGCAACAAGUCUCUCCUGCAGUACAAGGAGGGAUGAGUGGCUCCCAGACCGGCGAGAUGGUGAACUUGCUUUGGAACGGACAGAUCUUUCCAGUCCCUGCAGCAGCUGUCCACCAAGGAUGA